CGAAGCCCGGACUCAACUUGUUAUUCUAUUUCCCCUUCCAGCCUCGACGUCAAAACGUAACGUCAAGCCGCGGGGGCCAUGGAGACCCAGUCGGUGUACAUGUGCUUCCCCUGCUACAAGGAGUUCAACACACUGGAAGAGGUGCUCAAGCAUCAGAUGACAUGCACGGCUGAGGAAGACCAGGCUGACCCGUCCCACGUCACGCCCGUUAUUGUUCCGGUGCUCCAGACGCAGCCACAGCUAACACAGGAGACAAUAGUCCCCCAGAUUAAAGUGGAAUUGGAGCCACUGCUCCAACUGCCUGUUGAUAAUGUCGUGCAGCAGAGGGAGAUCGUGGCACAGGAGGUUGAUCUCAGUGAAGCUCAGUUGCUGGACCAACCCCGAAUCCUCUACCAGUGCGGGGACUGUGAUGAGCUCUUUAAGAGCCUGGACCUAUGGCAAAAUCACCGCAAAGGAGGCGCCUGUCUGAAGGCUGUCCUCGAGGGUGGGUCGGUCGUUGAGCCGCAAUCCAGUUUGCAUCCCGAAGAUCCUCAGCCUGUCACCGAGGGUGACGUUAGUGACAAACCUGACCAAGUGGAUGGAUCAGGAGUCGAGGAGGAGCAGCAGCAAGUCGGCGAAACUUCUUCAGGCCACGGUUCGGAUCAAAUUGCAACUGAAGUGAUCACGUUGUCAUCUGCGCAGGAAGAGUCGUCUCCCAGGAGGCGAGGGGCAUUCAAGAAGCCCAAGCCUGAUCCAGUGCUGCUGUGCGUGGACUGCGGCUCCUGCUUCGGCCUUGUCUCUGAACUGGUGGCCCACCGCAAGACGCAUGGCUUCGAAGAGGCCCUACACCACUGCACCGUGUGCGGCGAGAGCUUCCUUAACACCACUCUCUUCCUCUACCACCGCAAGCAACACCGGCAGAAAGGCGAGGGAAGCGCCACAGUGGCGAGUGGCACAUCGGAGAAAACGUAUCCGCAUAGCAGUACGGCGGACGGACAGGAGCCAGACGGUGCUCCGUCCGCCUCUGCACAGCCGGCCGAGCUCUUCUUGUGCAUCCAGUGUGGCGCCAGCUUCAACGAAGCCACUGUGCUGGUCGCACAUCGCAAAGCACAGCACAACCUGCACAAGCCGCUCCACACGUGCUCCUACUGCUCUGAGACCUUCAUGAAUACAACCCAGUACCUAUACCAUCGCAGGCAGCACCGUGUUCUGGAGUGCGGGCCCAUAGAUGAAGUGGAGAUUGGCGACGAGAUCGCAUCCUCUCUGGAGGAAGCGCAGAGCUCAAAGCGUCCGCUCUCUUCGCCCGGUGCCGCAAAGGAGUCCGAUGCACCGGCCCCAAAGAGGAGCAGGCCGACAUUCCGGAUCAUCAGCAAAGGAAACAAGGAUUCAGGCGCUAAAGAGGAAUCAGAGAGCGGAGUGACCGUUGACACCGCAAACCUCCCUCCACCUGCCAAGCUGCUGCAGGACUGGUCCCGCACAGCUCUGCCCCACGUUUGUCCCUACUGCGGCAAAACCUUCACCCGGCGCGUCUUCCUCCGCACGCACGUCUACAGCCACACUGGAGAAAAGCUCUUCACCUGCAAGGUGUGUUCAAAGUCCUUCACGAACUCGCAGAGCCUGCUGCGUCACACCAUGAGUCACAGCGGAAACAGGCCCUUCUCCUGUGACGUGUGCGGCAAAGACUUCACGCAAGCCGCCACCCUGAAGAGGCACCAGCUCAUUCACACCUCGGAUCAGCCUCGCCGCAAGCGUGGGCGCAGACCGAUAUGUGUUGCAGACAGUGAUGGUGGAGAUGGUCUCUUCUCAUGCCCCCUCUGCCCUUCACACUUCCACACAGAGGAACAGCUCAACCAUCACAAACUUCUCCACACCAGCAACCCCUUCCCCUGCCCUGAUUGCGGAGAGGCGUUCAGCCGCAGGAAAGACCUCGACCUGCACUCGCUCACCCAUCAAGAUAAGGAACCCGUCGUCUGUCCCCAUUGCUCCGCCCAGUUCAUCAACGAGACCGUGCUGGACAUCCACCAGCAGCGCUGCACUGGAUCUGAGGAGGAGAGGAACACUGGACGUGGGCGCGGACAAGGCCGAGGUCGCUCCACUGGACAGAUUGAGUGCGACCUCUGUGGCCACCGCUGUAUGACCCAGGAGGGCCUGGACCUCCACCGGCUGUCGCACACCGGCCAGACUCCGCUCAAAUGCCCGGUGAGGCCUUGCCGCCGCCGUUUCAUCUCCAACAGGGCCCUGGAGGAGCACGUGCUUGCCCACUGCCAAGGCAAGAUGGCCAAGACCAAGAGCCGAGCCCGCUUCAAGUGUCAGAUCUGCUUCAAGGGCUUCGCCUACAACUCCACAUUUCUGGUCCACAUGAGGACUCACACCGACGAGAGGCCCUUCGAGUGCACCACCUGUGGCAAAUGCUUUCGCCAGCUCCCCCAUUUGCAGGACCAUGAGCGCAUUCACAGUGGCGUGCGGCCCUUCUGCUGCUGGAUCUGCGGCAAGAGCUUCAGCGUGGCGGCCCGCCUCACCGAGCACGCCCGCACCCACAGCGGCGAGAAGCCCUACCCGUGCCCCAACUGCCCCGCCGCCUUCCGCUCCCGCUCCAACCUGGACAAGCACAUCCGGCAGCACGGUGACCAGGCCGCUCAGGCUGCCGAGGAAGUGGCCAGUGCCACAGAGGCGGCACAGGUCCAGAAGGUGCUGGAAGGUGCCAAAGUGCUGUCCUCGCUGGCCACCACCACGACCACCACCCAGGUGGAGGUUGACGAAGGCAGCAUGCAAACCAUCUACGUGCUGCAGGCGGGCGAGGGGGUCGGCGAGGCGGUCAUGAUCCCUGCAGAGGAGCUGAGCGGCAUGGACGGGACGUCGCAGGUGGUCAUCCUGCCCACGUCCAUGCUUGGAGCGCAGGGCAUCACCAUUCCCACCAUCACCAUGGACGGCAGCGAGAUCACCAUGAUGGACGCCACGCAGUCCCCGCAACACUCCAUCGAGUUCAUUGUGGAGGAGACCAUAUGAAAAUACAAUUGUGUGAAUGACUGGUUUAUGUUCACGGGGUGAAGUUUCACAAUUAGUUUUCCCCACAGAUACUCUCCUGUCAUAAAGAUGUUGGGCUUUCGGGUAUACAUGUUUUUACAAUUUUGGUUGAUCCUGAAAUUUCACCCAAAAGACAAAUAUUCCCAGCUUUUUGUGAGUAAUGCAUCUUGUUAGAUUGUUUAGCCAGUUAGAUUUGCUGCUUUACCCACCAUGCCUUAAAAUGCAUUUACUCCUUAAGAGGCCGUUUAAAUAUUCACCAUCAUUCACUAAAAUUUUUCCACUAAAAAUUGUUGAACUGUUCUUAAGCACAUUUAAAAAAAAAAAAAAAAAUCUUUAUUAGUUUACAAUGGAGAAUGUGGACUUCUAAGAGAAGAGCCUGAAGUUAUUAAUUCCAUGAAAGACAUGCCAGACAUACCGUUAUCCAACAUAAUGGCGACAUACGCUUAUAAAAAUCGGGAAAAUGUGAUAUUUUACUGCAUGCAUUGAAUGGAAACUAUACGGCCAUCUGGUGGAUACAUUUAAAAAAAAAAAAAAUAUCAAACUGAAAGCCAGCAGUCCAAAUUGAAAUCUUAACAUAAAGGAUUGCAUUAGAUACAUUUUUAAUGGGACUUUUCUUUCUUUAGCUUUUCCAUUUUAGGCCCAUUUAAGGGAAAUGUCUAGAAAAUGGAAACUAAUCAAAGGCACAAAAUAUCCAUUGAAAACUUCAGAGUUGAAGGAAAUCACAUUGUACAGACUAAGGAAGACCCGUUCAUACAAAUGUCUCCUAUAAAACUCCUCAGCUAGAGAUCAUCCACUUUAGCGGCCCCUGUUGUCACCUUCCUUUUCUGGCUAACAAGUGUGGGAGUGAAAAGGCAGUUUUCAAAAGCUCAGCAGCAGUAGAAGUCAGAGUACAUCUUCCAUCAUGCCUCCUUUACUGUCAACCAGCUAGGCGAGGUGUGUGUGAAGUAGAAUUGUGUCUUUCUAGGGCAUUAUUAUUGAUUGUUUUUGUCCUCUCAUUAAAUAAAUUCUAUUAUUAUUACAGCGCGACACACUUGUGAUGAUUUGAGCUACGUAACGCGGCGUCGUCCAGAUUUGAUUGAAUAAAUCCAGCGCUUGUCGUCGUUGAAAAUAAAAAAAAUAAUCUAUUUGAGAGCGAGGGUUUAUGGAUCUUUCCCACCAUUGUGAUUGCUCACAGGAGGGGAUUUCAACACAACACACACGCAUACACCCGUUUAAAUAAGCCAACAGGGCCAAUCUGUCAUCGUUUAUUUCCAUGUCAUGGAAAGAGAAAGGCUGAUGAUAGUGAGGGAAGUAAAAUGAGGAAAUGUCGGCAAUGUACGGGCCUCCUGAGGUUCAAAAGGCACCCGGCGAUGGUCAUUUGUGCGCCUUUUAUUAUUGCUUUCUUCUGAUUGUCGAUAUACAACUGAAUAAUAACAAGAGUUUUUUUUUGUUUUGUUUUUAUGUUUCCCCCAGAGAGAACUGAUAUUCUGGAGGAGGUGCGAUUGUGUGCUCAGCAGAUGUGACAGAUUACGAUGUACUUGAAGCUGCAGUGCGCAUUUUCACCCGAGCCGCUACCUAGCGGAAAUGAACCAAUGAUGGUUAAGCCUAUUAUCUCCUCUAACAUCUUGCUGUAUUUUUCAGUAUUUCAGCUUUUCUAUGGUGUCAUUAUCGCGCAUUGAAACUGACUAUAUUUUGUUUUUCUGUAGCAGAAAAUAAUCUCACAGUAGUUACCGCUUCUGAAGAAUCCACAUUUUUUUUUUCCUUUCCAGAAAACAGAAAUGUAGAAUCACACAAUGGGCAGGCGGGGGCCCGCCAUAGUUUGUCAUUUCAAAGUGACGUCACUUGCAAUGCAGAAUUCCAGCUUUGGGGCGACAAGCUACGCACUACAGCUUUACCGUGACAAUUUUAAUUCGUCCUGUGACUGCGCUUGUAGUUAAAUUCACGCAUAUCUUAAAUUUUAAGUGAGACUCGGGAUGCUGGACUGAUGUUCGUUGCUAUAUGGUCAUUUGCCACCCAGUUAAAAAAAGAAAACUCUAGCCCACCUGUUAAUCUGGAUAGACAACGUCAUAGCUACGGG